AUGGCCUCAAAUAUGUUCGGUUUCCGCCUUGCACAGAUAGUGGGUAUAUCGGGUGCAGCAUGGCUAGCUGGAAACGUAGCUAGUCUCAGCACAAUCGUCACACCUGUACUUCUCCAAUCACACAAAGAAGACAACAUAUCAUCAAACCUACUCGCAAAACAAUGGAAAGGCCUCUUUGAGAAAGGCCGCUCAACAAACCCUCCUGUCGCUGCGGGGACCGCUUCUUCCUUGAUAUACCUCGCCUGGGCUGUUCGGCAGGGAUCCCCUCUAUACAAAAGUGCAGCCUAUAGCCGCAGUGGGCUUUAUAUCGCCGCUGCGAUUCUGACAGUCGGAAUUGUCCCAUUCACAUUUGUCUUUAUGGGCCCGACAAAUGAUGUGCUUAUAGAAAAAGCGCGAUCGACGUCUGAUUCCGACCCCGAAGUAUCGGAAUUGAUUGAGAGGUGGACUCGACUUAAUUUCGGGAGGAGUUUAUUGCCUCUAGCGGCGGCUGUUUGUGGAGUCGUUGCAACGAUCAUUUGA